AUGUCCUCCUCUCCUCCUCGGUCUGCGCAAAAUACCCCGUCGAGGACGCCAUUACAAGAGCGCACACAAUCCCAGGCGAAUGAGAUCUCUUCCAGAUUGGUUCGCAAUCUGAAGCAGGACAACAGCUCGCAGAAUGUCUACACUACGUCUCCGUUCCCUACGAAAGCCCAACAUGUCCUCCUUCCUAGCAACCUGCGCAAGCAGAAGAGUGCUCGCAACCUGGGUGCCGACAUCUUCAGCCCUGAGUACCGUCUCCGAAGUUCCUCAGAUGUACAGAUUGCGCCCACCACUCCGCGCCAGCCAGCUGUGCGACUCAAGAAAUCGGUCAAGACGUUGAGGGAUAUGUACGAGGCACAGUCGGAAGACUCAAGACCGUCCUCUUCAGCUGGCGUCAGAAGUCGUCCAGGGAGCUCGAGUUCCAGACUUCGGAGCUUCAGUUCCAAUGAAGGGUUGGCUGGUCGCGUUGCAUGGGAGGCGCUCAACAAGAAUCGCGCAUCCGAUGAUAUGGCUCUUCUUCCCCCACUACCCGAAGGCCAGUCUACGCUCAGACAAAUUGGCUCCAAGUCUUCCUUUGCAGCAAGAUCUGGCAUGUUUGAUCCUGAGUCGAGUCCAAACUAUCAGAUUCUAGGAGCGACUUCGAGUCCACGAGCACCCGAAUUUCGACCGUUAGCUGAGCUCUCUUCAGAUCCUCCGGAAGAGCCUCCUACCGAUCCUGGUUCUAUCGAACAGAGCAGCUUUUCUACCCCGACUGUGAUGAGAUACGUGCAUAGCUCUAGGGUCGAAGAGCUCCCCUCUGUCGAUGAGUCUUCAAGUCCGAAUUUCGUCAAGCUGAGUACAUCCUCUCCUGAUCGGACCGUCCCUCGGUUGGCGCCAGCAUCUAGCGAAGAAGAGCUGCGGUCGGACGAUCCUUCGUCAAGCCCGAACUUCGUCAAGCUGGGUACAUCGUCUCCUGCUCGAAGCGUCCUUCGAUUAGCGCCAGCAUCUAGCGAAGAAGAGCUGCCGUCGGACGAUCCUUCUUCGAGCCCGAACUUCAUCAAACUGGGUACAUCGUCCCCUGCCAGAACGUUGAGAGCAUAUGAGUCUUCCUCACCAUUGCAACGACCGGCCUCCAAUGGUUCGGAAUCUCCCAAAAAGCGAAAACGAAGUGAUCCAGAUGAAGGGUAUUCACGAGCAGGCGCAGUCAAUCCGUUCGCCUCCAGCUCACCCCAGGAUGAUUCAAAUGCCAGCCAGGAGUCCUUUCGGUCUUCUCCUCCGGCCCCGCCGGUGGUCUACAGCAAGAGCGUCCUCAUACCUAGUCCAGACGCCAGCUCGGUCCUCGACUCACCAUAUCGAUAUUCUAUCUACGCAGACGAGCAGAGCUCGAUGGCCGAGACACACUCAAACCUGCAGGCGGCCUUGACGUCCAGUCCAGCGCCUCCCAUUCAAUAUCCUGUUGUCCGUGCCCCAGCAUCUGUACAAAUAGCGGGACUUGUUGUACCGAAACGCAAGAAUCGAUCAUCCCUGACUUCUGAGACACUAAACUCGCCGAGAUGGCCAUCUCGUCUGUCGGCAGUCCCCUCCGACGCAUCACUGAGAUCAAGAGACACCAGCAAGCGGUCAUCAAUAUGGGACGAGCCCCUGGAACCUGAUGCUGAUCUCCUACCAGCAGCUUAUAUGAUGAGCGAAGAGGCUACAGCAUCCCAGAUACGGAUCAUUUCCGACAGCGAGAGACAUGAGGAAGCCGAUGAUGAAGUCGGAGCCUUGCCUGGCGACGAGUACGGCUAUCGCUCACCUCCAAUCGUCAGAACCAAUAGUUUCGGGAACACGCCUGGAAGCUCACGUUCCCGACUCAAUUCCUUGCAGAGUUCAAUCGAAAAUCGGAAGAACAGCCUAACUUCGCGAAGAGGUAGUCUUCGCAGAUCCAGUUCAGCCGGUAGCUUGGUCGUAACAGCGGUUCCUACAUGGGCUAGGCGAUACUACUCCGGCUUUUAUCAGGACUCUUUUCGGUACCUGAUGCAGUCUUCAUCUUCAGUAAAUGUGACUCAGGUAGCGCCGCCUGUGCAAAAGCCGCUCCCUCUCCGCCCGGAAUCGAUUGACACCACUAUGAGUGCAUCGACUCCACGAAGCAGUCGGAGGAGCUUUGCUUCGAUUCGUCAAUCGCUGGAGAAGAUACCAUCCCUGAUUCGCGCUGGGCGACCACGACUGGAAGCUCGAAAGUCUCAUACGAUGCCGGGCCUAGGUCCGCUGGUUUCUCAUCCUGUACGGGGACCGGCGACUGCAGCCAUGAGUGGCGCAAGAUCGAGUCAAACAAAUCUCCGGUCUCAAGUCCGACCUGUUUCUCUUCCACUGCACCCUGCCGAUCCUCGAUCACAAUGGGCCGGCCACAACGACAUGUAUCCUAGCGCUGGAAUCAACAGCGCAUAUCCGAGGUCUAUGCACCAGAGCACCUUGUCCGCCCCAUUACCGUCCGUUGGUAUGCCCUACCACAUUCCGCCCAGGCGUAUGGGCCGAUUGUCCUCAGCUUCUCCUCAUCUGCACCAUGAUCAUCGACUCAAUACGGGCUCCACGGCUUCUCGAGGCUAUGGACGACCUUUUACUCACCGCAAGCGUCAUUCAAACCCAAGCGACAUGCUGUUCGACGAUGCAGCUGGUCCAGCUCAUGGUCAUCCGCUGCGAACAGGCCAAGUGAUUUGCUUCAUUCUUGGCUUCAUGUGCCCACUUGCCUGGUUUGUCGGCGCAGUUCUGCCACUGCCAAAACGGCCAGAUACGUUCAUGGACAUUGAAAAAGGCACUUGGCGCAGGGCAAGUCGGCAUGGCGACCUGACGGAAUAUGAGGCUAUGAAUGUACUAGCUGGUCUACGGCAAGAGAAACGCUUAAGAGGAGGCGAGGAGGCAGCCUGGCAGAACGCCAGGUGGUGGCGGAGGCUGAACAGAUGGAUGUGUAUUAUUGGGACCAUUGUUCUGGUUCUGGUGAUUGUUCUUGCAGUUGUUGGCACCACGACUAACGGCCUUUCUUGA